UCCAGGCAUCAGCUGGAAAUGCUUGGUUUGUCUGAUAAGAACAGCAGGACACCAUGGACAGAAGGAACUCCACCAGUGUGCCUGGCUUCAUCCUCAUGGGGCUGACAGACUCUGCAGAGACACAGCUGGUCCUCUCUGGCCUCUUCCUCCUGAUUUACCUGAUCACUGUGCUGGGGAAUGCAGGGAUGAUACUGAUCAUUCGCCUGGAUCCCCAGCUGCACACCCCCAUGUACUUUUUUCUCACUCACCUGUCAUUUCUCGACCUCAGCUACUCAAGUGUUUUCAUUCCUAAAACCUUACAGAACUUACUGACUUCCACCAAGAGCAUCUCCUUCCUGGGCUGCUUCACCCAGCUGUUCUUUUUUAUCCUCUUGGCUGCCACUGAAUGUUUCCUUCUCUCUGCCAUGGCCUAUGACCGCUACGUAGCUAUCUGCCACCCCCUGCACUAUCCAGUCAUUAUGUCCACAAGACUGUGUUGUGCCCUGCUUGCUGGCUCCUAUAUGAUUGGCCUUGUGGAUUCCACUGUCAAUGCUGUUUGUAUAAGCAGAUUGCUAUUCUGCAAGUCUAAUGUCAUCCAGCACUUCUUCUGUGACACAUCCCCAAUCUUAGCCCUGUCCUGCAGUGACACUUCUGAAGUUGAACUCAUUUUAUUCAUUUGUGCUGGAUCCACCCUAGUGCUGUCCCUCAUCACCAUAUCUGGGUCCUAUCUGUCCAUCCUCUCCACUAUCCUGAAAAUUAAUUCCACUGCUGGAAAGAAGAAAGCCUUCUCCACCUGUGCCUCCCAUCUCCUGGGUGUCACCAUCUUCUACAGCACUAUGAUCUUCACUUAUCUAAAACCAAAGACAUCCUACUCCUUGGGAAGGGAUCAGGUGGCUUCUGUCUUUUACACAAUAGUGAUCCCCAUGCUGAACCCUCUCAUUUACAGUCUCAGAAACAAAGAGGUGCAAAAGGCUGUUGUUAGAAUCACGCAGAAAAGAGAAGGCUGCAGACAGUUAAUAUCGCAGUGGUGCUAA